AUGGCCCUCAUACACGAGCCCCGCGCCCCAUCUCCGUCUCUCUCUGGCUUCAACACCCCACUCUCCGAUCCCCCGUCCUUUCGCCGGCUAGAUGCUGAGACGCCUUGCACCCCUGAAAUGGACCUGACGCCGACUCAGUGCGUCCUUCGAAACGUCCUCUCAAUAGACACGGGUGGCACGGUGGAGCCCGGAAGAGGAGGUGGGGACAUGCCAACUCCCGGGCCCCAUCAGACGCCUGGCGAGGAACAACAAGAGCACUUUGCCAACAGCGUCCUCAAGCUGCACGAACAUGACGGCAGUCCCGCCAGGACAGAGGGAGAGGGGACAGAGACUGAUGGCGGCAUGGUGCGGCGUGAGGCGGACAACACUAGGUUGCAGUGUCAGUCCAAUGGAGGCGGCGGUGGCUUUUUGGAAGGCUUGUUCGGCUGUCUGCGACCUGUUUGGACUAUGAUCGGGAAGGCCUACUCCACGGAACACAAACAUGACCUGGACGAAGCGUGGGAAGUCCCCUUCGAGGAAAUAUCGGAUCUACAGUGGGUAGGCAGUGGCGCCCAGGGUGCCGUCUUCCUGGGCAAGCUGCACGGACAGGAAGUGGCCGUGAAGAAAGUUCGGAACAUCAAGGAAACGGACAUCAAGCACCUCCGAAAGCUCAAACACCCCAACAUCAUUACUUUCAAAGGGAUCUGUACGCAAGCGCCAUGUUACUGCAUCCUCAUGGAGUACUGUGCCCAAGGCCAACUGUAUGAGGUGCUGCGAGCGGGUAGGCAGAUCACGCCAUCGCUCCUCAUGGACUGGGCCAUGGGCGUCGCCGGCGGGAUGAACUACCUUCACCUCCACAAGAUCAUCCACAGAGACCUCAAAUCGCCAAAUAUUCUUAUCACGUAUGACGACGCGGUGAAGAUCUCUGAUUUUGGCACGUCUAAGGAGUUGAGCGACAAGAGCACCAAGAUGUCCUUUGCUGGUACGGUGGCCUGGAUGGCCCCCGAGGUCAUACGGAACGAACCCGUCUCUGAGAAGGUGGACAUUUGGUCUUUCGGCGUUGUGCUUUGGGAGAUGCUGACAGGAGAGGUGCCCUACAAGGACGUGGACUCCUCCGCUAUCAUCUGGGGAGUGGGCAACAACAGCUUGCAGCUGCCCGUACCUGACAGCUGCCCCGACAGCUUCAAACUGCUCUUGAGGCAGAGCUGGAAUUGCAAACCAAGAAACAGACCCUCGUUCCGACAGAUUCUCCUGCAUCUUGAUAUUGCUUCGGCGGACAUUUUGUCGACUCCGCAAGAAACCUACUUCCAAUCACAAGCCGAGUGGAGAGAUGAGGUCAGGCAUCACUUUGAGAAGAUCAAGUCAGAGGGCACGUGUCUUCACCGGUUGGAUGAGGAGCUCAUCAAACGCCGCAGGGAGGAACUGAGACAUGCGCUUGACAUCCGGGAGCACUACGAGAGGAAACUGGAGCGAGCCAACAAUCUCUACAUGGAGCUCAACGCCAUCAUGCUGCAGUUGGAACUCAAGGAGAAAGAGCUGCUCAAGAGGGAGCAGUCGCUGGACAAGAAGUACCCGGGCUGCUUCAAGCACCACAGCUCCAGACAAUCGGCCUCCUCCAACUCCAUGGAGAAACUCAUGAAGAAACGCAACGUGCCUCAGAAGCUGCCCGCGCACAGCAAGAGGCCGGACAUACUGAAGUCAGAAGUGAUCCUUCCCAAACUGGACUCGUCCAUGACUCAGGUGACCAUCCCCACCAAGGGCUCCACAUCGCCGGGCCGCUCUCGCCGAGGCAAGCCUCGCUACAGGAAGGCGGGCAAAGGCGGCGGAAACGAGUUGGCUCAGCUCAAGGCCACACUGUCCUCGUCAUUGGCCGCCAUCAGUGCUGGCACCGGCAAGCAGCGCCUGGACCCCGGCGCCGCACUCAGGGGCCUGCGUCACGACUUGCUGCUCAAGAAGAUGUCGUCCUCCAGCCCUGACCUCAUCUCCACCACGCUGGAAGCGGAGGAGCGCCGCAAGGGCCGGCCCGGACCCGGCCUGGACCGGGCGGGCAGCCGGAGCGCCUCGGCCGGGCUAGAGGAAGACGGCCCGGACCCUGGCCCCGACACUGGCGGGGAAGAACUGGCGGAAACGCCCCCGCGCAGUGACACGCCCAGCGAAGACGCCGCCUCCGUCCCGUUCGUUAGCAGCCCCGACUCGCCCUGCGGCAGGGGGGCGGCGGCUGCGAGGCCCCCGUCCACCGGAUCGCCCCGCGUUCCACAGGACGGCGAGGAAAAGGAGGAGGGUGUCGUCAUCACGCGUUCGCCUAGAAGUCAGCGACUCACGCCGUCGGCGCUGCUCUACAGGGCGGCCGUCACGCGUAGUCAGAGGCGCGGCGUGUCCUCCGAAGAGGAAGAAGGCGAGGUGGACAGCGAAGUGGAGCUGCCAACAAGAUGGAGGCCGGCAAGUAUGAGCAAGUGCCAGUCGCUGUCCACGUUCAGCUCGGAGAACCUUUCCGUGUCGGACGGCGAGGAAGGCAACACCACAGAACGCUCGCACAGCGGCACUCCCGAUGCAGUCAGCACCAACACGGACGAGCGUCUGGACGACAAGAGUGACGACCUCCUCUCACAAGGAUCCGAAAUACCCGCCGACCCCUCCGACCCGGCUCGCCGCGCCGCCUCCGACGGUCUCUCUGAGAAGGAAGCCGCCGUGCGACGCGUCCGGACGCAGCUAGCCGGACACGAGCUCAACGACGACGUUCUCUAUGAUGACUCAGACUGCGACAGCGCCGAGCUGGACCAACCGGGCUGCGUGGAGCCCAGCCAGAACUGGUGA